AUGUGUGGUCUCACAGGAAGAGUAUCAGAAUCCAAACUCAAAAAGUUGUUCGAUUCAAUAAUAUCAGCGAAAGACGUUUCACCAUCGAGAGUAGAGGAAAAUGCAAUAAACAAUUUACCACAAGCUUUCGUCAUGCUAACAUCAAUUGAAGUGAUGAUUGCAGAUAUCUGUUUCUCGUCUCCAACGUUUAAAGUGUUUUCCUUCGUGAUAAUUAGAAUACGCAAAAGGAAGAUGAUUAUGUCUAGUUUGUCUUGUUCCAAAUUCACCUCAACCAAGUCUUCAAUGGACUUGGAAAAUAUUUCAACCUGUGAAAGCAAUGUCUUUAAAACAUUCAGACGUAAUCUACCAAAAGUAUCCUGCAAUUUCUCUUUGCUAAAAGAGCCCCACGAGCCACUAACACCAUCGAGAUCAGUGAAUUCCCGGUCUAAGCUCUUGAAUAUUUUUCUAGGAACGCUGUCAUCUGAUAAUUUUAAAAGGUUCAAAAAAUGGAGCGUUUUCAGAAACCAUUGA